AUGGCGACUACUCCGGAGCCAGAACCUUCCACGUCAAGGUCUCACGCCGGCGACAGCCUCGUCGAGCCUAAUCCCAGCAUCGUGCAAGAAAACCCCGACAGCUGCUUCCGUAUCCUUCUCGCUACCGACAACCACAUCGGGUACGCUGAAAAGGACCCCAUCCGCGGGCAAGACAGCAUCAACACCUUUCGGGAAAUUCUCGAGAUUGCCCGGGAUGCGGAGGUGGACUUUAUUCUCCUGGCGGGGGACCUCUUUCACGAGAAUAGACCGAGUAGGGGGUGUCUGUAUUCUGUCAUGGCGCUUCUGAGAGAGUAUACUAUGGGUGACAAGCCUAUCUCGUUUGAGCUUAUGAGUGAUCCGAUGGAGGGCUCUGCGCCUGGCUUCACCUUCCCUGCCAUCAACUAUGAAGACCUCAACCUCAACGUUGGUAUCCCCGUCUUCUCCAUCCACGGCAACCACGACGAUCCCCAGGGGACCGGUCCUGAAGGCGCCCUGUGCGCACUCGACAUGCUCUCCGUCUCUGGCCUCCUCAACUACUUUGGCAAGAUCGAUCUCUCCGCCGAAGAGAACCCCGACCCCGCAUCCGACCAAGGGAUCCGCAUCAAGCCCCUCCUGCUCCGGAAGGGCGACACCCAUCUGGCGAUGUAUGGUGUCGGAAACGUGAGGGACUCGCGGAUGCACUACGAGCUCCGGAGUAAUCGGGUCAAGAUGUUUAUGCCGGAUGGGGGAGGGGAGGUGAAGGAGGAGGAUUGGUUUAAUAUGUUGUUGGUGCACCAGAAUCGGGUGAAGCACGGUCCACAGCAGUCCGUCCCCGAAGGGAUGUUUGACGACUCGAUCAAGCUCGUCGUUUGGGGCCAUGAGCACGAUUGUCGGAUCUCGCCCGAAUCUGUCGAGGGCAAGAACUACUACAUCACCCAGCCGGGAUCGUCAGUCGCUACGUCUUUGGCGAGGGGCGAGUCUAUUCCAAAGCACGUCGGGAUCCUCUCUAUCCAAGGAUCACAAUUUCAGAUCGCCGAGAUUCUACUCAAGACGGUCCGGCCAUUCGUAUUCGAGGAGGUCGUGCUCGCUGAGGCGGCGGAGAAUGAGGAAAACAAAUUGAAUUUGGAGGAUAAGGAUAGUAUCACUGCGUAUCUCAGAAAGACGGUCGAGGAGCUGGUAGAGAAGGCAAAGAAGGAAUGGAGGAAGGGACACGAGGGGAGUAUAAAGGAUAUGAUGUUGCCGUUGAUAAGGCUCAAGGUCGAAACGACAAAUGCGAAGGAGAUGACCAACCCGGUCCGGUUCGGCCAGGACUUUAGCGGACGAGUCGCCAAUCCCCGCGAUAUCCUGCAGUAUCACCGAAAGAAGAAAAUUGCUGAGCGAAAAUCCAAAAACAACCCCGACGCCCCCGAUGGCGAAAUGGAUGGAUUCGACGAUGAUGACGACGAUGGCGCCCUCGGCGGAGCCGACGAUCCGAGUGCGCUGACGACGUCGGAUCGGCUCAGUAAGCUGAGGAUGGCGAAUCUCGUGAGGCAGUAUUUGCAAGCGCAGAAUCUGGAGGUGCUGGUGGAAGGGGGGUUGGAGGAUGCUGUGAUGCGGUUUGUGGAUAAGGAUGAUAAGGAUGCGAUUAAGGACUUCGUGCAUGAUACCCUGAAGACCGUCGGGAAGAAUAUGAAGGGGCAGCAGAAUGUCGACGAGGACGAUGUGGAGGAACACAUGACACGGGCGAAGGAACAUGCUGCCUCUCAGUGGGCUGAACAUAGGCCAGUAGAGAGAGAGGUGAACAAGAAAGGAAAGGGGAAAAAGAAGGCGGAUUCGGAUGAAGACAGUAUGGCGGCGGAUGACAGUAUGCGCGGAGGAGACUCGGACGGAUCGUUUGCGUCGGAGGCUGCGCCGGUCAAGGGGAAAGGCAAAGCGGUGGCGGGAGGGAAGGGAAAAGCGCCAGCGACAGCCAAGGGGAAGGCGAAGCAGCCUCUGUUCGACGAUGAUGAUACCGAGGAAGAAGAAGAAGAAGAAGAAGUCGUACCCCAGAAAAAGUCGCGCGCUGCUCCGGCAAAGAAGGCGCCCGCGAAAGCUCCGGCGAAGGCGCCUGCGAAGAAGGCUGUACCGGCGAAACAGUCUCAGUUGACGUUCUCGCAGGAUCCAGCGGCGAAGAAGGCGCCAGCUGCUAGGGCGCCAGCGAAGGGAGGAAAGAGCUCCAAGCCUAUUGAGCUCUCGAGCGAUGACGACUAA